AUUUUGAGGAAGUCAUCUUGUGAGAGACAAAAUGCUGACUAGUAAUUUGCGUAGACUCACUGAUAAUUAGCAGCGAUACUAAUAUAUGUAGAAUGGAAACAGUACCUUUAUAUCUGAAGUAGCCCAGUUUACUUCACACAAUCCAAAUCAAUGGUGGUGAUUGCGAGUGGAAGAAGUCUUGACAUGAGAGGAAUCCGAGACAAACAAUUUUCUUAAGACGAAAGCCACUAAGUUUAGCCUCACCCCGCAAUAAAUCUUGAAUUCACCUUUUAAACUGAGGUUUUUUUUUUUUUCAAAUAUCAAGGAGAAGAUGGACAUCACAACAUUCAUUGUUCGCUUAAAAUUCCAAGUCAUUACCUGUCUCUCUUCCUCUUCCUCAUUCUCGCCCAAAUCCACGUCUUCGUGUCCACCAAACAACAAACACUCCAGCACAAAACUAUCUGUUCUUGGACGGGCAGUUGUUCAUAUCAAAAACGUCAACUUUGCCAAAAUUCUGUUUGGUAUUCAAUUCUACCUAUCUCAAUUUCCAUCAAAAUGGGUAAUGCAAGUUUAUCAUCUAUCUCAACAACUCCUCAAACAGCCAUCUAACAUUUCUGAUUAGAGUAAAGAAUAUGCGCCAGAAGCUACGAAGAAAUGGAACAGCUUCGCAGGCAAUUCCACUUCUCAAAAAUCACAGGCCGAAAGCCAAAGUGCUCAUUCCGCUACUCAAUCCAAGACAAAAGCAUUGAUUAGAGUUGAUCCAGAGGUCUUGCUCAGUGAGUUAGUACAAUCUCCAUUGUCGCUUGAUUGACCUUUAACAACCGAUCUAAUUUUUAUGUACAGUACAAUGGGCAUGGAAACGAUUGUGUUGAAGGUUGGAGCUGCCGAUGAUGGACAGGGUACUAUGGUCUUUUCUAUCCACAAGAACUUGUUGAUGAGUUCAUCCCCUCGAUUUGUAAAGAUGUUGAAUAGCAGGGUUUUGGACAGAAACCAAAUCUAUUCCAUUCACGAUACAAGUCCUAGCGUGUUCAAACUCUUUAAUGAGUAUCUUUACACUCGUCGCGUUCCCGGUGUUAGCCAUCGCCUAUCUCAAUCUGCGCAAGGAACUCGAAUUUCAGAGCUUUGUCAACUCUACGUCUUCGCAGAGAUCUUCGAAAUGGACAGAAAUUUUCUCAACAAAAUUAUGGACGCUAUCCAGGAUGGUCUUGCUCUCAGUUCUUCUCUUUUGACUUAUGCUCUUGUCAAGAAUAUCUUUGAUCAUGCUCAAUCAGAGUCUCCUCUUCGCAAGUUUUGUGCCGCAAAUGCUCUUUACUCUGCAAUGACUCCGGGUCUCGAUUCAGCUGGAUUCCAAUGGCUGAUCAAAAAUAGUGAUGAAUUCUUUGCAGAAUUCAUGAAGAUGCUCGUCAAACUCACCAAGGGCAAUGAUCCUCGUAUUCGUGACGUCAAUCAAGAAUAUUUCAAGGAAGUCAAGGUUAAGGAAGAGGAAUUGGAGGCUGGAGGUGUCCCGGUUGGUGCUAACAUUGCUGUUGUGGUUGGUCCGGGUGUUCAUCCAUGUCAAUUUCAUGUUCAUGCUGGAUCAGGAUCUGACACAGAAGGUGCUAGCGGUGUAGAUGACGAUGAGAUCUGCUAUUUGCUUGCUGGUCUAGACGUUUAGACAAAAGUGAAGCGGUUGAGCAUUGUCAUGAGAUGUAUUGAGGGUCCUCAUGUUUAAUACAUGGCUUUUGUGGGGUCGAGGCGGCAGGAAGGGAGUAAAUGAUGAAGGGAAACGUGAGAAGAAGUAGUUGAUUGCCAAUACUUGGAGACCUCUAGGAUUA